AUGGCCUGGCAGAGAUUCGUGGGUAGACGAGGCAACCCAUCAAAUGUGUUCUCCGACAACGGGUCCAAUUUCGUCGGUGCACAAAAGGAGUUGAGCGACUGGUUGAUGCGGUUAGGCAAAUUCGCCCUGCAAGACCGACUAUUGCCAUCUGGAACCCAAUGGCACUUCAACCCACCUNGUCAUGCCGGGGAAAAUCAUCUACUCAAUACGAUUCGCCGUCGGUUUUGGAUAGUGAAAGGGAGAGCUACGGUGAAGCGCAUCGUGGGCAAUUGUCUCUUUUGUCGUCGGCAGAAUGCCACAUUCAGCAAACAAUUGAUGGCCUCGUUACCAAGUUCCCGAGUACGACCAGGUUGGUGGCCCUUCGCCGAAACUGGGGUAGAUUACUUCGGACCACUCUGGGUGAAACGAAAGACGUCGUUGGAGAAACGGUACGGAUGCCUGAUGACCUGCCUGCAGUCACGAGCUUUGCAUAUAGAGACCGUGCACAGCAUGUCGACCGACUCCUUUCUUAUGGCCUGGCAGAGAUUCGUUGGUAGACGAGGUAAUCCAUCGAAUGUAUUCUCCGACAACGGGUCCAAUUUCGUCGGUGCACAAAAGGAGUUGAGCGACUGGUUGAUGCGGUUAGGCAAAUUCGCCCUGCAAGACCGACUAUUGCCAUCUGGAACCCAAUGGCACUUCAACCCACCUCACAGCAGUCACCGCAGAGGAGUUUGGGAACGGCUUAUACGGUCGGUGCGAAAAAUAUUGACGGCGUUAUGUGAACAACAGGCGCCGGAUGAUGAAACUUUGAGUACAUUUCUGGUAGAGGCCGAAAGGAUACUCAACAACCGACCACUUGUACCCGUCACCAGCGAUGACCUGCAAGGACUGGCGUUAACCUUCUUUUGCUGA